AAAACUAACUGGACGGCGGUUUCCAAGAGAUAUCAGAGAGUGAUAGUGACAGUUGAGGUAAUAGAAACCUUCGUGAUUCAACUGUGGUCGCUUCUUCUUAUGUUGACAAUGUUUGAAAGUAGUUUGAUAAAAAAGCUUAAUCUAAUCACACUGAAUCUUCUUGGCGCAUCAUUCGACACUUGUUACAGGCUCUAUUGUCAGAUGUACGGCGUUUACAAAAAGUCUUGGGUGCCUUACCCGCUAAACUGUCUCUUUGUUCUUUUGCUGACGAUGAACAGUUUAUUCAUUGGCAAAGAAAUAGCAAAGAACAGCGAAAGAAGCAAAAGAAUCAAGAAAGCGAUCAAGGUAAUGGGCAUGCUGGUAGCUCAGUUUGCUUUUGGAAUCCCUAUCACUUUUGGUCUCGUGUACGUCCUUAUACCCCUGUAUGGCGAAGCAUCUGAAACCUACAGAGCGAUCAUAGCCGGGGCAUUGCCUCUAGUAACUGCUAUUCCAAAGGUCAUUGUACGCUUGUCGGCACAAAGAAUCGACUUUCUUCAUCCAGGAGAUUCGCACGUGCUGUUAAACGUACUCUUCAGCUCUUCCGCCAUCGUUUUUCGCGUUAUGCAAGCGGACCUGUCUGAAAUCAGACUUUUUACUCUUCUCAGCUUCGCGCAUGGUGCAAUAGACUUGCUGGAAAGGUUGACUGUCGUUAUUCGUGAUUAUGUUUGGUACUUCAUUUACAAGAAGUUCAAAAGAGACGAGAGGGAAACCAUUUUGAAAGCAAAUCAAUUUCGUUCGCCAAGGAGCAUGCGCUUUGUGGCCGAUAUGAGCAUUCAGAUGAUCCUAGGCGAAUCCACGUCGAUGAUAGCAGCGGUCGGUUUCUUUCAGAUUUACAAGUUUAUAUACAACCAUCAAAAGGCGUCCGUGAUAACCGAAUUUUUCACCCGCGUCUCCAUUGCUAUUAGCAUUGACUUUGCUUUUAAUUCUUUAUCGUUUUGGCUGCAAAUGUCCUAUAUGAAUGUUGCCAUAGAUCGUGUUUGGAAGAAGAGAUGGCGGAAACACAUGGUUAUUGCUUUUAUUGUGACAGCCUUGACCAUGCUUUACUAUCCUGAUCGCUUAUUGCCCAUUGUGAGGGCCAGAAGUUCUUCAAAUAGCACAAUGAACAAUGCGAAUUGUUCACAGCUCAUCUUAGAGUCUUGA